AUGAAUAGACAGAGCCUGCGUGGGCAAAACAUGUAUGACAACAAGAAGUGGUCGAUGAAGCAUCAAAUAAAUAACACAAAACCAGUCUUAUCCCGCUACUCAGCUGGACAGUCAUCCACCUACGAUCGAUCAAAUCGACCUCCUGUUUCCGAAUUUUCCGAGCUGAAUCUGAACGAAGAUUCACCUAUCUGUGGUACACCAGUCACUGUGGAGGUGAUUGGACCACACAAUCGUUUGGGCACGAAUCACCUACCUCCAACCUCAACAUCGCAUCCCACCAUGUUUUCAGCCCCGGCUGCAUUGAGAGAUCUGUCUCCACCGAGUCUGUCCAAACAGCGCUCUCGUUCACCGGAUUCCACGACCCCACUGUCCGUGAUAGGAGGGACAAGCAAUAGCAGUAACAACAGUAGUGCCCCACGCUGGUCCACAACCACAACCAGUGUGACCUCUAAGACCACGACGCAUAACAAUCCUUCCGUCUAUUCCGGUAAAACAAAUCUGAUCGGGGAUGUUCGGGGCAGUCGAAAUGGUGGAACUGUCGGUCUGAACAAUCUGGGGAACACGUGUCUGAGCAAUACAGCCCCUUUAUUGGAAUAUUGUCUCGGUGAUCGAUAUUUGGAGGAGUUGAACAAGUCUAGCUCGAUGCGAGGUACUCUGUUUGCAUCCUAUGCAUCCUUGAUGAAAGACUUAUGGGAACCUGAGCCACGUGAUUCUUCGGUCAGCCCGCAUCAAUUCAAAACACAAAUACAGCGAUUCGCUCCGCGUUUUGUGGGUUACUCACAACAAGAUGCACAGGAGUUUCUGCGAUACGUCCUUGAGGGAUUGCACAUUGAGGUGAAUCGUGUGACCAAACGACCCCAUCCAGUCACCCCUGACUAUGCAGCCGAGGAUCGCUUGGCAGAUCGGGAAAAGGCGGAGAUCUAUUGGAAACGCUAUUUAUCAAUGGACAAUAGUGAAAUUGUUGACCUCUUUGUUGGUCAGUUGAUGAGUACGUUAGAAUGUACAGAAUGCAGAUUCAAGUCGACCACAUUUGAUCCGUUCUGGGAUCUAAGUCUACCGAUUCCGAAGGUCAGUUUACUGGCAUAUUAG